CUGGUGCCCUCGGCUGCUCCUGCCGCCCCCUGCUCUGUGCGCACUGCUGGCACCAGGCCCCGACACCUGCCGGCACCACAAUGGCCUCUCUGGGCUCACUGUGGACCGGGCUGGUCCUGCUGGGAGUGCUAGGGGUCCUGGGGGUCCUGCAGACUGCAGCCCAGGCCCAGACCUCCUUGCAGUCCGACUUCCAACAGGACAAGUUCUUGGGGCACUGGUUCAGCGCGGGCCUCGCCUCCAACUCGAGCUGGUUCCGGGAAAAGAAGGCGUCAAUGUCCAUGUGCUCGACCGUGGUGACCCCCCGCGAGGACGGUGGCCUCAACCUCACUUCUACCUUCCUCAGGAAGGACCAGUGUGAGACCCGGACCAUGCAGCUGUGGCCCGCGGAGACCCCCGGCUCCUACAGCUACCACAGUCCACGCUGGGGCCGCACCUCCCUGAUCUCUGUGGUGGAGAUCAACUACAAUGAGUAUGCACUGCUGGACACCAAGGGCAUUGACCAUGACUUCCGCAUGGCCACGCUCUACAGCCGCACCCAGACCCCGAGGGCUGAGCUGAAGGAGAAAUUCUCUGCCUUCUGCAAGGCCCAGGGCUUCACAGAGGACACCAUUGUCUUCCCACCCCAAACAGAUAAGUGCUUGAAGGGGAAGGAGUAGGUGAUCCAGCCCUCAAGACCCCUCUGCUCUGUACCUUCCUCCAAGACCCCAGCCUGAGCUCCCCAAAGUGCCUCUGCACCCCUGAUGUACCCCAGAUCUGAGAAAUAAACUGAAGCAAGUCAGA